CGCUCGGCCUGCUUAACGGCUGUGUUAAGGUGUUCUUUAAACUUUUACCUGUGUGUGUAGGCCUCCUACCUGUUCCGAAGAUGGCGUCUUUUAGGUGCCUAAUCUUGCUUGGAUUGCUCAUAUUAGGUCCAGGAAUGAUAGAAUGCCAAAAUAAGUUAAAGCAAAGGAUUGAAAACGACCAGAGAUUAAGAAGGUUCAAGGAAUUGCUGGAAACAUCCAGGUCGCUACUUCUAGACAACUAUCUGAAUGGGGUGCCAGAACGGAAAUACACAGUGUUUGCUCCAACAGAUGCUGCAUGGGACAAAUUACCUGAAAUAGUCCAAAAUAACCUACGAGAUGUCAAUAAUGCAGAAAGCUUGGAUAAAUUUCUGAGAUAUCAUAUAAUAAAAGAAGCUAAAAUUCACACAACUGAGAUGGCAAACUUAAAGUAUAAGGAGACGAUGGAGAGCAACAAAGCAAAAGUUUUCUUCAACAUGGUUCAGUCUAAUGGAAAUCAACAAGGUGGAUAUUUUGUGAAUCAAGCUAAAAUUAUCCAGCCAAAUACAGAUGCAGAAAAUGGCUACCUUCACAUCAUCGAUGAAUAUCUUUUUCCCAUGGGUAGCACAAAAUCCAUGUCUGGGUACAUUUCCCAACCGGAGUCACAAGAAGUCAUUAAUAUGGGAGUACUAAAAUUCCAAGAGAUGAUGAAUGCCCUUCCAAUCAGAGGGCCAGGGGGUCUCAGGGACCAACUGACUGACCUGGAGCAAUUGACAGUCUUUGUACCCACCAAUGAAGCCCUCAGCACAAUUCCAACAGCCAAAUGGGAUGAACUCAUGGCAGAUACAACCAAACUAGAACAAGUUGUUGCAUCCCAUGUUAUUCCAAAUAAAGUCUACUUCAGCAGCAUAGUGGACAGUAUGGGAGAGGAUGGAGUCCAAGCUGUAGAGGGAAGAAUUGUGGGGCGCACUAUAGCAAAUGAUGUGUUUAUCAAGAGUAAUAAUAUUGGUGGCCGUGUGGUCCUGCCAGAUAUCACAGUAGAUAAUGGGGUUUUCCAUAUGGUUGACCACAUUCUUAACUUCACCUACUUUAACAUAUACGCUCAUAUCAGUCAGGAACGUAAACUCCAGCAGUUGGCCCAAGCAGUGAUCAGCCUCCCAGGAGGUGGUCAGUCUGGAACAGGUGUCCAGGCAUUAUUGGAGAGAGAGGGUGAGGAACUGACCUUGUUUGCACCAGUGGACUCUGCUUUUCAGUUGGUUGAUACAGCUGUUAACCUCAAGGCCAAUGUCACUCUUCUGGACAUUAUUCUAAAAUUGCACAUUGUUAGACAACAGGUGGCCUUUAAGGAUUUGACAAAUACUACAGUAUUGAAUUCUGUGAAUUCAAAGAAAUUGCGGUUCGUCAAAGGCAACAAUGGCACCUUUGUCAUUGGAGAGCGCAUCAAGGCAAAAAUCAUUGAACCUGAUGUUGGUGUCACCAAUGGUAUCAUUCAUUACAUAGACAAUGUCAUGGGGAUUGCUACUAAAAAUCUGAAACAAGAACUAGAUAGUAAUGAUGCUCUUGGGUAUAUGAACUCUGUCCUUAUCACAGCUCAAACUCACACAGACUUACUCACAGAUUUAAGUGAACGGACCAGUAAAUACACUAUGUUUGUACCAAGUAAUAUAGCCUGGGAAACACUGUACAACCAAGGCACAGGAAAAAGUCUUAUUGACAAAAUAAACUAUAGACAAAACCUAGUUUGGGUUCUUCAAAGGCACAUGGUGAAGGGACAGGUGAUAUACAGCGACAGCUCACAACUGCAGACUGGUGUCAAUGUUGAAUUAAACACUGUUUUGGGUUCAAGUGACAUUGGGAAAAUCACUGUCAAAAAACUUGGACAAUGUACCUCACUUACUUCCUGUGAAAUUAAAGUCCUUUUCAAGGGUGCAGAAGCACGUGUUAUUGAACCAGACAUAGAGACUACAAAUGGCGUAAUUCAUAUCAUAGAUAAAGUACUAAUAGAUGAUCCAGCAGAUUUGCUAAGAGGCGCUGUCUCCAGUACAGCUUGGAUAUAUGCCUCUUGUAUAACCACCAUCCUUGUGAUGCUCACUGGGCUCCUCCUUCACUUGUAAUAAUUAUAUUAUUUGCACCACAUGGUGUUGCUUAUAUCUUGAGCUCAUGAAAAAGCAAUCCAUAGAGCCAUAGCUACAUUGGUUUUUAGUAAGGAUGUAAAAAUGAAUGAUUAUUAAUGAAGAUUUUACCAUAGCAGAUGUCAAGAACAAAAGACAAGAAAACAAAAAUGUUGAAAAUAAUGAUCCGAACCUGUCAUAUCUGGCAUAUACACACAUCACUCGAGUUACAACAUCUCCCAUAGUGUAAGUCGGAUACAUACACCAGUUUCUCAUCAAGGUGCAUGUGAUAUCCAUAUGUGCUUCACACUUGUGUUUAUCACAUUUACCUUGCUGACUUGUGGUCUGCCUUAUACAUAUUAUUAAACCUAAAGUAAGAGGUAAUAAUUUUGUAUUAUAAACCCUGUCAGUUCUUUCAACAUGCCCUUACUUACAGAGUAAUAUAGAAUAUGUUUACUUAUAAAGAAAUGCACACAGGGGCAAAUUCUUAUUGGUGUCUGUAAUUAAAACAAAACAUUUUGUACAUUUUUUAAAAAAUCAGUGCUGCACCCUUGUUUGUUUUAAUUGUCUUAAUCAAUAAACAUCUUGUAAUUUUAUCCAUUGCUUCUUUAUAAAAUGGAGUACCUCUGUCUGAUGCAAUUUUAAUUCUAGAAGAUUUGAAGUCAUAAACAUUCUGUUCAGUGUACUUUUAUGCAGUUUUAUGGUACCAAGUACUAUUCUGUCAAAUGCUACAUGGGUUUAAAUUUUACACAAAACUUGAUUGAUUCUGGGUUUGCCAAGUGCAGAAACUGAAGGAAACGCCAGAUUUCUAUAAAAUACUUUUAUACCAAUCCUUUUAGCUUUUGAUAUGUAUAAGAGCUUACACUUUUACUAGAAUUUGACAAAUAUAUUGUGCUAAAUUUUUUUCCAAUGAAACAUGAACAGUGCUACCAACUUUUAAAAAAUGUUUUUACUUUUUAGUAGUAUUAUGUUAAGUGGUGGUCCAAUAGUGAAAAGCAAAACCUCUUAAAAAAGGAUCAAAAUAUUUGCACAAAAAUUAAGGUUUGUAUGAACUGAUUUGUAAAUGUAUAUGGAAAAAGCUUGGCAUUGGCACUUUAGGUUCCUCAAAUGAAGUUUUCAUAUCAUAUUAGUUUAAUAUAGAUAAUAGGUAUCUUUUAUAUCUCUAAAAGCAUCUGCUGUAUGAAUUUGAUUUUAUUCAAAGAUUAAUUUUUGUAAAUAAGAUGUUUUUAUAUCUAGUAAUAAAUAUGGCACUUGUAUAUAUUGAUGUGUAAGAAUGGAUGUUAACAUUAAUAUUUUCACUUGAAUUGUGUUUUAGCAAAUUAAAAUAAAUGUGCUGCAAGAGAACAUGAUAAGUGUAAGAGAAGGUCCACACAAUAAAUUAAUAAAUAAAUGGAUAAAGAAUAAUUGAUCUAUUUGCAAUGAUGAUAUUAUUUAAUUAAAGCAGUGGUCCAACAUAAGACAAGUUGGCUAUCUAUGGUUCAGCAUCCAUAAUGACUUUUAGAUGUUUCCUUUCUCUACAGAUAUAAUGUAGACAGCUAUUACAUGUUGGAAUAGUGCAACAGAUACUGAGUAAGGGUCAAAUUCAUUAAGUAUAGGUAUCAGACAACUUCAAAACUUGAGGACUAUCACUGCUUUUUGACAGAUUCGUAAGUGUGGAAAAUCUCAAGAGAUUUGAGAGUGCUGAUAUUGAUGCUUGCUUGUUUAAAGUGUAAUGUCAUACUGCCUAGACUAGACCUCUUUCAUGGUUGUGAAUUUGUUUUUUGUACAGAUAUUUUAUAUUUUCUAUAAAAUAAUAAAGGAAUUAGGCAACAUAAACUUAUUUUAUAGACUCAACAAGUGUUUUACACUUUAUUAUUAGUCUAUUACUAUUUAUGGUUGCCUCUUACAGGUCCAAUGUAUACGCCAUAUGAAUUAAAAAUGUUAAAGCAGAGUACGCCCUGGAUCAGGCGUGUAAUAAACUGAUGUAAUCUUUUUAUCCAAUUUUUUAAGAAAGUAUCCUUAAUAUUACAGUUGAGCAUGGUCUUAUAAGUUUCUAUUUUUCUUAAUAGUGCAUUUAUGGCAGUGUUAGUAUCAUAAACAACAAACGUGUAUAAAUUUGAAUAUUCUUAUAGGCCUAAUUGUUGAGCUGCGACACAGCAGUACCAUGUAUAUAACUAUUAUCCUAAUUUACAUCUGUAAUUUUGUGACACUGGAAUAUCGCCAUUGAAAUAAAUGUAAGAAGCUAUA